GAAUACUACAUUUUCAACCAGUCCCUCAGUGCAGCUGGACCAAUGUCACCUGAUGUUAGUUGCCAAAUAUUAGAAAUACCUGCUUUAGGCAGGAAUUUUGAGUUGGGAGGUUUGUAUGACAGCCGCAAUGAUCAGCUCUUGCCAGGAUUUUCACUAUGGGAUAGAUCCGAAUUGGAGGCACGUUACUUGAAUGUUAUCUGUCAAAACCGUACAAGUUUUGUCUUAAUUGCGUCCGAUAAGCUGAGUGAGAAGCUGCAAAAACUCAAAGUAAAUGGCGCACUUCAACUGAGCAUUCUUUACGGCUUGAUUAAGCUUAAUGGAUCGGCCAGCUUCUUAAAUGAAAAAAAAAAAACUCACCGCGAGUCAAGCAUUCACGUUCGAUGCCAUCACGGCACCUUAGUCAAGUCACUCACUAUGCAUCAUCUAGGAGAAGGUAAGAUCACUCACCUUGAUGUUGCUAAAAGUGGAGCAAAUAAUUUAGCGACGCAUGUCGUAACACAAAUACAAUACGGGGCUGACGCCACCUUUACCUUUCGAAAACGCAUCAACCAAAGCGAAGACAAGCAAUCAGCUAACGGCAUGCUCGAAAUCUGUGGAAAUGCUCUUAUCCAAGUAUUAGGUCGUUCUCUGGGAGGCCAAUGUGAAGGUGAGAAAGUGGAUCUUGACAGUGGAAAUGAAACAGGUAUCGAAUGUAAAUUUGAAGGUGAUUUCAAAAUUCCGCGAGAUCGUAACACUCCAACCACCUAUGAAGAGGCCAUCCAGUUUGCAGGACAAUUUAGUAACUUCUUACCUGAAUGGAUAGCAAAAGACACUGCAGGUGGAAAUGAACCGCUUGGCUUGCCUUGUAUCGUGACGCUCUGUCCCCUUGUGAAACUACCGGGAGCCGAGGAUGCUCCUAUUCUAAAACAUCAAAUCAAUGAUAUCCAGGCGUCGCAGUGUGUUCGUGUAAUGGAAAACUAUGAAGAAAUAGAAGAAAAAAUAGAAGAUUUACUUGAUGAUCCACUGAGCAGUAUUCGUCCGUUUCGUAGGAAACUCGAAUUUUUUCGUGAUCAAUUUACCUCGUUCCGGACUGACUUAAUGUUGAAACUCAAAGACGUAGUUGUCAAAAUUCGAAGUGGUGAACAUGAUGUUUCUUUCCUGGGGCAAUUCCUGGACCGCAUUGGCGAUGAACAAUUCGUCUUCCAUCCCAAUCGCAUUGAGUCAUGGCUGGAAGAAAAACACGAAGAGCUUUGCAUGGUGAAAAGAUUUAAAAAUAUACUUACCACUCAGCUAGGAGUUGACAAUAAAGACAGGAUUCUUAUUUUUCCUACCGAGAAAGAAAUUCGUGAACACAUGACAGCUGCAUCCAUUCGUCACGCUGUUCACUUUGUGCUCACGUCGAUGGCAUCCCCGGAAAGUUUUCUUCAGCUCUCUAAAACAACAAGGCUUGAUUUGAGUGAUAAUGCGGGAAAUUCACCUACCGUAGACAAAGACCAGCAAUGGCAUAUGGACAACAACGUCCUUUUGCACAUCGAAGAUGAAAUUUCAGACUAUGUCGAGUUCAUCAAAGCAAACAUAGACGAUCAGAGAAUUGUUUUUGCCAUGAAAGUCCUUGAAGAUCAUGAUAAAGAGUGCACUUCCGGAUCGUCCGUGUUUGUCUAUGAAAAUGGAAUAAUGGUUAGGAAGAAUUACGAGUUGCCCGGAAUUCCUCGUUCAGUCAACAUCGAAUGGGAUGACGAUUCAAACCAGCUCAUUACUUUCUUAGCUCCUGCCAAAGGAGAAAUUCUACAGUAUCGAAUUAAUCGUACCGAGAAUUUAAAGCAUGUGAGCUCCGUCGCCAAAAAACCUGUUUUUGUUUUACCAAUAAAAAAUGCUCUAGCAAUGAUAGAUUGCGGACAAAUGGAGAUCACUGUGACAGCAGAAUGCCUUUACGGCAAAGGACCACCUUACAAAGCCUCCAUCCUUGAAACAUACAUGGGAACGCCACUGGAAUGGUUAGCUAAUCAGGAGUUAAACUGAAAACCGAUGUGGUGAAACGUUACAACACGCUCC